AUGAGUUAUGCGGAGGUUGUCAUCAGGUACUGUGGUAGAGAUUUUGAAGAUGAAAAGAUAUUAAUACAGCAUCAACGAGCUAAACAUUUUAAAUGCCCUGUAUGCCAUAAAAAACUAUAUACCGGUCCUGGCCUUGCUAUACAUUGUAUGCAAGUUCAUCGUGAAACAAUUAAAGAAAUACCCAAUGCUUUACCCAACCGAACCAAUCCAGAAGUUGAAAUAUAUGGGACUGAAGGGAUACCAGAAGAAGAUGCUAAAGCAAGAGCGGCUCGUAAAGGAGAUGUUGAUGAACCCGAGACGAAAAAAGCAAAAUCAGACGAACAACCGACUCCUCAAGCAGCUUUUGCGCCGUCGGCUGUUCCUCCGGUCGCUCCCGGUUUUUGGCGUCCAGGAGUGCCUGGCUACCCUCAACCAAAUAUGCUAUCAUCAUUAAAACAAUGUGCAAACAUUACUUUUUCUAAACCAGACCGACUACCUACCGGUAUGCCGAUGCCACCCGUGCCAUUUGGUGUACCACCAAUGCAAGCUAGAUUUCCAUUUCCGAACAUGCCCCCACCGAAUACCAAUAUGCCUCCGCCGAUUAGAGCGCCUCCGGUAUCGGCCGCUAAUAAUUCUGCCCCACCAAGUCGACCGCUAUUUCCAAGUGCCUCACAAGUUAGUAGCUCUACAACAAUUAGUUCCGGCCCUGUAGGUGCAGAUUUCAAGCCUAUCUCGAAUUCGAAAACUUUUGAAGCCAAACCGGUUCUGAACGAUAGUAAAGGCAGUGUACCACCUCCAGCUGAGACCACUCCAAUAACAACGCCCAAGAUAUCUACAACUAUCAGUAGUGUUGGAGCUACUAGCAAGUUAGUCCAUCCGGAAGAGGAUAUAUCAUUGGAGGAGCGGAGGGCUGCAAAAUAUAAGACAAAGAUAGCGCAAGCUGCCCAACCUCAAUUUCCCACGAAUUCCGUACAUGCUGCGCCUCCCUAUUCGUAUGGACUUCCACCGCCAGCAGCCAAUAUUAUGCCAACGUCAAGAGUUCCUGGCUUCCCAAAAUAUUAG